CACAACUGCAGCGAAUAAAUGAGGGAUUUAGAAGCAAAGUGGUCGAACCUACAACCCAAAUAUAGCGUUACAGUGGCACUUCCAAUGUUAGACCAUUCUUUAAAACACAAAACUUUGAGCCCAUUUUUCUCAAAACUACAGAAAGUGUGUUAGACCACUCUGCUUCCAAAUCCUUCAAAUGAAGGAGGAGAAACUUCUCAGCAUGAAGCUCCAGGGCCGAUGGCGUUCAGGAAGGCUCUGAAACGGACGGCGGUGGUCGGCGGCGGGGCGGUCGCCGCGGCGUUUGGCCUGUCGCAGCUCAUCGAGUACAGAAAGACGCAGGCCCGGUUGGCCCAUGUGGCUGCAGAAGCAGAGCUGAAGGUUCCCUUCGCCGACGAGCUCCCGACCCGACAGGCCCAGCUGGCAGCGCUGAGGAACACCGAGGAGUUCGACGUCCUGGUGGUCGGAGGAGGAGCGACGGGUGCCGGAUGUGCCUUAGAUGCCGUCACUCGCAACCUCAAGACUGCCCUCGUAGAGAGAAAUGACUUCUCUUCGGGUACCAGCAGCCGAAGCACCAAACUCAUCCACGGUGGCGUGCGCUACCUCCAGAAGGCCAUCAUGCAGCUGGACUACGAGCAGUACAUGAUGGUGAAAGAAGCCCUACACGAGAGAGCCAACCUGCUGGAGAUCGCUCCUCACCUGUCGGCGCCACUGCCCAUCAUGCUGCCUGUUUACAAAUGGUGGCAGUUGCCUUACUACUGGGCAGGGAUCAAGAUGUACGACCUGGUGGCCGGGAUCCAGUGCCUGAAGAGCAGCUACGUCCUCAGUAAAACCAAAGCCCUGGAGCUGUUCCCCAUGUUGAAGAAGGACAAGCUGGUGGGAGCCAUCGUCUACUAUGACGGGCAGCACAAUGACGCCCGUAUGAACCUCGCCAUCGCCCUCACCGCCGCCCGCUACGGCGCCGUCGUCGCCAACUACACCGAGGUGGUUCACCUGCUGAAGACGAAAGACCAACAGACCGGCGCCGAGAAGGUUUGCGGAGCUCGCUGCAGGGACGUCAUCACAGGGCAGGAGUUCGACGUGAAGGCCAAGUGUGUGAUCAACGCCACCGGACCGUUCACCGACGCUCUGAGGAAGAUGGACAACCAGAAAACCCAGAACAUCUGCCAGCCGAGCGCCGGCGUCCACAUCGUCAUCCCGGGUUACUACAGUCCUGACAACAUGGGUCUGCUGGAUCCGGCCACCAGCGACGGUCGCGUCAUCUUCUUCCUGCCCUGGGAGAAGAUGACCAUCGCCGGGACGACCGACACUCCCACCAACGUGACGGCGCAUCCGAUCCCCGGCGAGGACGACAUCAACUUCAUCCUGAGGGAGGUUCGCAACUACCUCAGCCCUGACGUCGAAGUGCGAAGAGGAGACGUUCUGGCGGCGUGGAGCGGCAUCCGUCCUCUGGUGACCGACCCGAGCUCCAAAGACACCCAGUCCAUCUGCAGGAACCACAUCGUCAGCAUCAGCGACAGCGGACUGGUCACCAUCGCCGGUGGGAAGUGGACCACCUACAGGUCCAUGGCCGAGGAGACGCUGGACGCCGCCGUUAAAGCUCUCGGACUCUCAGCCGAGUCCUGCAAGACGGUUGGUCUGAUGCUGGAGGGAGCGAAGGGCUGGACGCCGACACUCUACAUCCGCCUGGUGCAGGACUACGGCCUGGAGAACGAGGUCGCCCAGCAUUUGGCCUCGACGUACGGAGGGAAGGCGUUCGACGUGGCCAAAAUGGCUCAAGUCACCGGACAGCGGUGGCCGAUUGUCGGGAAGAGGCUGGUGUCUGAAUUUCCUUACAUCGAGGGCGAGGUUCUGUACGCCAUCAAGGAGUACGCCUGCACCGCCAUCGACGUCAUCGCCCGGCGAACUCGCCUCGGCUUCCUGAACGUGCAGGCGGCCGACGAAGCGCUGCCUCGCAUCGUGCAGAUUAUGGGCAAAGAGCUGGACUGGAGUCAGGAGAGGAUGACGGCGGAGCUCGAGGCAGCAAAGAAGUUUUUGUACCAUGAGAUGGGCUACAGGUCUCGAUCUGAGCAGCUCACUAAGACGUCUGAGAUCAACCUGGACUACCAGGAGGUCAUCAGGUACAAGAAACGUUUCCACAAGUUCGACAAAGAGAGCAAAGGAUUCAUCACCACUGUGGACGUACAGCAGGUUUUAGAGAGCAUCAAUGUCCACAUCGACGAAAACUCUCUCCAUGAAAUCCUUAACGAGGUGGACCUCAACAAGAACGGUCAGGUCGAGAUUGACGAGUUUCUGCAGCUGAUGAGCGCCGUGAAGAAGGGGCAAGUGUCGGACAGCCGCCUGGCCAUCCUGAUGAAAACAGCCGAGGAGACUCUGGAUAAGAGAGGCCCAGUGACGGUGGACCGGAGCGGAGGUGGAGUCUGAGCUGCUGCUUCCUUUAAAGGUGUUAAUGGCAAAAAGGAAACUCAUGCAAAUGGCGCUAUCUAAAUGACAAUAUUGCAAUCAAGCACGCAGCAGGAUGAAUUUGGCCAAAUCAAGCGCACUCCUCUGUGUUUUGGGUGAAACGGUAUCUAAUGAUUGAGGCUGAGAUUUGUUUUUCAAGAGAGAAGAUGUGUUUUCCUGAGUCUGGUGCCUCUCACAGCACAACGUUUUGUAUUGUCUUUGAAACAAAACCUUUCAUACUUUAAUUCUAACAUUGUCUUUGUACGUUCUCCGGAGCUCCUUUUCAACAUGAUCGACACUGUUGUGAAAAUACUGUCUUCAGACGGCAACUCGACUUUUUGUUUUAUUCGUUCAGUAUUUCCUAAUAAGCCAAUGUUUCCUGGAAAAAAAAUAAUAAUUUGGUGCUAAUUAUAGAAAACAGAGAGCAUCUUUUUUAGAUUCCUGUUGCCCAGAAAUCAGAGGUUACAUUGUAUAAUGUUGAAAUGUUUAAUAUGUUAAAUAAUUGUCUAAAAAGACAUACACGGAAGCAAGCGAAAAAAGAAAUGUGGAAGAGAACAUUCCAGAGAUUGCACCAUUUGAAUCAGAAUUAACCCUAACAUUUGUACUAAUUUUACAACCAUUUUGGUCAUAGCCGCUUAGCUUAGCAUAAACAGCUGACUAAAGUCUGCCUUCCUUCACUUCCAAAGCUCACAUAUUUAAACAUUAUUGGUUUCUGUGUGUAUUUAUAGCCUCAGGUAGUGUUUCCACCAUCUUUUUGCUAAGCUAAGUAGCUGCCCAAUGGUGUCAGUUCCCUUCGGAAAAAGUGCAUCUAAAGGUCAAACUGUUUCCCUAAGAAGCUCUUAUCCAUGGAUCGACCAAUGAUGGUGUUGAUGAACUCAUGAGUUUUUGUAAAAAAAAAAAAGUGCCUAGCUAGCUACAUAAGGCUCAUGCUAAUGCUAGAACACUUUGGACUCAGAUUAAGGCUUCCAACAUUCAAACUAAGGCAAUGAAAUUUAUCUGCGACAUGUAUCUUUAAAAACAUAAAAUAUCAGCACAUGGAGAAACAUCCACUGGAUUUCAUUCCAUUUACCUUCCGAGGAGCCCAAUAAAAACUGUACUAAUAUUUAUUUGUUGUUAAAUAGACCUGUUUUUCCCUGUAAUUAGUGCCAAAUUCUGAAAUAUUCCCAGCAAACGUGCUGUUUAGUAAAUACUGUACCGUUCUUAAAGCACACCUGCUGCCAUGUUCUACUGUGUUCUACUGUGUUCUCCAUCUUUUUGCACUAUUGCCGACACUGAGGUUUACAUGUCAAGGUCUCCAGCUUUACUAUUCGACUGAUCUUCUCUAUUUUUACUGAUUAUUUAUUGCUUUUUCUUCGUGUCGCUGCAGCUAUUUCUACUCACUGAGAUUUAAUGUAAACAUAACGAAGGGCGUCUUAGAAAUGGGGUUUCAACGGGACUAUAUGAUGUUUUUAUUUGCUACUAUCACGUGCUCAUUCUGCUCUUUAAAUAGUGUAAAGCAAAGUGGAGUUUAUUCUUUGAUUUCUGUGCUUGUGGUUGAGUUAAAUCGCUGUAUUAACGCACAUCCAGCCUGCCUGAUGGCCUCGGAGCCGAUCAGCACUACGUCGGUAUGUAAAACCCUGCAUGCAAAGCUGAUAUUUUUACUGCUUAUGGGAUGUUUUUAAUCUUGGAACAGCAUGUUUAAUGUGUGGAUGAAUGUAUGACCUGUGCCUUCAUGUGCCUACAGCAUGACACUCAACCUUCUUUUACACAAAUACAUGCUAAAGGACAUUAUGUUGAGAAUGUAAGGAUAUUUAUAUGAACAUUUAUAACAUAAAACAAGUAAUCAAAUUGAGAUUGUAUGUCCAUUUUGUAUGAACGGAGGCCUGUUGAAAGGACAUGAUGCCAUGUUGGAGGACACCAAUUAAAUUGUAUUGUUUAUUAUUGUAUUUUAUUGUAUUUUUAUUUUAUUUUAAGGCAGGAAAAUCUGUGAAAUAAUAGUCUUUUUUUAAAAUUUUAAUUUAACACAUUCUUAAAUUUAAAAUAACGGCAAAUAUCUGUAAAAAAAUAUUUGUAGCUCAUUUUUAUUUUCAGUAAAGGUUAGUUUUAAAGUAAAAUAUUGCAAAUGCUUGAUGUAAGUUUAAUUAACAUUGCAAUUAAUUGCAAAUAUCUGUAAGAUGAUUUUUCAAUUUUAUUUUUCUACAGUAAAAUAAAUGCAGUUUCUUUGUAAAAUUAUAAAUUACUAAUUAUUUUGGCAUAUUUUUAUUGAAUAAUGUGAAAGUAAUUAGUGUUGUAACAAUUUUUAAAAAAUCAGGGAAAGCUGUAAAAUCACAGUAGAUUUAUUUAAAUUUAUUUAUUAAAAAUAAAAACAUUCAUGUUUCUGGUCCAACAUGGCUGCAGGUCCUUUCACAGAUCUCUGCUGCAGCUUUUAUUUUGGAAACCUCUCUGCUUCCUCACUGCCUUCCUGUUCCACUGGUGUGCAGUGAACUCUGGAGGUGUUCCUGUGUGGUUGCUGGGGGUUCCUUCACAGUACCUUCCACUCUGAGGACCCUCAUGGCAGCCAACGUCGCCGCCCGUCAGGAAUCGCUGGUGGGCAGCACGACGUAAAUCCUCACGUUUGAUUGUCUUGUUUGGAUGAAAUUACAGCUUUAUCCGAACUCAAAGAGAAUCAUAUUCCUCUGUCAGAACACGCUGAAAGAGAAACAAAGCAAUUAUCUAAUUAAAUGUAUCUGGUUGCCCGCUGA